GGUGUGAACUGCCCGUCUCUUAUAGCCUAUUCGUACCUCAUCUUCGCAUACGAAGAUGCGCUACGUCGUGACCCAUCACCAGCCGACUGCGGCGGUCGACUCCAUUCGGGGUGAUUUCACCGGCUCCGGAAGCGUACAGCUGGUCGUGGCCAAGGUUAACCGGGUCGAGCUGUACAACCUGUCACCCGAAGGGCUCAAGCGCGUGUGCGACCUCGAGAUCUGGGGCACGAUCACCAACAUUGCAGAGGUCAAACGAGAGGAUAAGCAGUCCCACAUACUGGUUACAACUGAUCAUCCUGAUCCGUAUCUGCUCUCUUUGGCAUAUAGCCCCACACCCAACCCGCAAUUUGAAGUGGUUCACUCAGCAUCGCUCAAGGCGCGUGCAGGGCGGAUUGCGGAGUAUUGCCAGACCUCCAUCGUCCAUCCAUCUGGACGUGUCGCUGUCACCUCUGCAUAUACAGGCAGCUUGAAAGUCACGGUUUUCGGGGAGGAUGGCAAGGGAAAGGAUAUUGAUGUACGGAUACGCGAACAAAACUUGCUCUCCUUCGCAUUCCUUCCCCUAUCAACCAGCUCUCCAUUUACCCUUGCACUUCUGCACAUAGACCAGAAUGGCAAGCGGCACCUCGUCACACGUUCACUAAAACACGUACCGGAACCUGGAUCCACCAAGUCCCUCGCCUCGCUUGAUAUCUCAGAGCCGACCGCACAUAUUCCCGACAUUAACCUCGACGAUGAAUGGGAGGCGACUUCUGUGGUGGGCGUCCCACCUCCUCGACCGGGAGCUCGAGCAGGCGUAAUGGUAUUUGGCGAAGGGCAGGCGAGAUGGUAUGCGGUUAAAGAAGAAGGUGCGCCGGAUCCGAAGGGAAAGAGAAGGAGCAGUACUGCGGGCAGCCCGACACAGGAGAAGAAGGGAAAGUCGAAGCCUCCCAGAGUAGAAGAGGCGAAGGUUGGCCUACCCUGGGGGAGGAUUGCUGCUACAUGCGCGAUCGACGAGGAGAAGCUGUUGGUGAGCGACGAGUACGGCAAGCUCUAUCUGCUUGCGCUGCACAGGCGACAAUCGGAAGGACCUGUUGUUAGCAUACAACGAGAAGCGUUAGGAGAGAUAUCAUCACCGAGCAGUAUCACCCAUCUUACAUCAUCCUACUUCUUCGUAACCUCAAAAUGCGGAGAUUCACAGCUCAUCAGUCUCACCCCGAGUGCCAUUUGUGGCACCGGAAAUAUCGCCGUCCUUGACACGCAUCUCAACCUCGCGCCGAUCUCGGAUUUCGUCGUGACAGACCCAGAAAAGAUCGGUCAACAACAGAUUGUGACUGCCUCAGGCAGGAUGAACACGGGCAGUCUGAGAGUUGUAAGGAGUGGAGUGGCUUUCGAGGAGCUUGGACUCCUUGAGCAGGUGAUGAAUACAAGAUCGAUAUUCCCUUUGAAGAUAAACUUCGACGCUGAAUAUCAUCUAUAUCUCGUUACAAGUUCUUUACACCGAACUACGCUCUACUCGAUGAGGGGCGACGACAGUUCUCCGCAGUUCGAGGAAGUCGACGAGUCCGAAGCACGGGGUAUUGUACGACAAGUACCUACCUUAGCGGCUGGCAACAUCAGAGAGGACGAUAUCUUUGUCCAGGUUACUGCUGGAUCCGUUGUCGCUAUCGACCUUAUCACUUGGGAGCAGAGGUCCAUCUGGAAACCUCAUGUGGAGAUUGUCUGUGCCGCUGUCAACGGUCAGCGAGUGGUUGCAGGCUUGAAGGGCGGCUACCUCGUUCACUUAAUACCCCAACGUGAUCAGUUCAUCGUUGCGAAUGACUGGAAAUCUCCGGGAAGCUGGGGAUUGACGGAAAUAUCUUGUAUUGCUUUGGAUCCAACACUCUCCGCGGAGUUGGGCAACUAUGCUGCCAUCGGGUUCUGGGGCACGAAUCAAGUCAAGAUAUUCUAUUUGGGCGACGAGACGCACAGGUUCGAGGAGUUGAAGCUAGCAGAACCAAUCUCCCCAGAAGAUCACCUACCCGUCUCGACCAUUCUGACAACCUUCGGCACCAGUAAUCGACCUCACCUUCUUGUAGGCCUCGGGAAUGGUACAAUCUCUAGUUACGCUCUCAAGACAGAGAUCGUCCUCGGUGAGCCUUCCGUACGUGCGACAGAUAAGAAGAUCUUCAGCCUGGGCACGAAGCCGAUCAUGCUGAAUGCCUGCACGGACUUGGGGAGGGAGUCAAAUAUUUUCGCUUGUGGUGACCGACCAGCGCUAUUAUUCUUAAAGAAUGACCGGUUAACGGCAUCUCCCAUCAAGCUGCGGGAUAUUCAUGCCGGCUCGGUAUUACAUAUCCCUCAAUUCCCCUCAUCCUUUAUAUUUGCGUCUGCUUCAACCUUGCUCAUUGGUCAGAUACGAGAAUCUCAGAAAAUAGAUGUUCGAACUAUAUCACUUGGUCUAGAUACCCCAAUUCGCUUGACGUACCACAGAGGGUUGCGGGCUUACGGCGUCGUUUGUCAAAGAAAAGAGCUCAAUCGAGAGGACGAUCGAGAGAUCUACAGUUCCAGCUUCAAGUUAUUCGACGAUAUCACAUUCGAGUAUCUCAAUAAUUUCACUGCACGUCCAGACGAGCAAAUGAUGUGCGUAACAACAAUACCCGACUCCACUGGGGAAGAGGACUCGGACUUUCUCGUUGUUGGCACUUAUGAAGCCACUGGGGCUGAAGAGGACGUAUCAAAAGGACGCAUCCUCAUAUUUGAGGAGGUUCCAAAUCGGAAAUUAAAGCUCGUAGUAUCGCAUGAUGUAGGUGGAUGCGUGUAUGCUGUCACGAACGUGGGCGCCAACCUUGCGGCCGCGAUAAACGGGACGUUACAAGUGUUUUCACUUCAUCGAAGCCACGAUGAUAUUCGAAUUGAGUCUGUUGCGAAGUGGUCCUCGGCUUACGUGGCCUCCUCCCUUAUCUGUCGUGGCAACACGCUGCUGGUUGGUGACGCAAUGCGGGCAGUUUGCAUCCUCCGUUGGACCGGUGCCAAACUUGAGACGCUCUAUCAUGAUUAUGCCAGCCUCUGGAUUCAAACGCUUGAAUCAAUCGAUGAAGGAGGCGUCAUUGGGGCUGAGCUCAAUAACAACAUUGUCACAUGGCGGAAAGACGGAAAGCUGGAAAGGGAUGGGAUGUGGUAUUUCGGAGAGGGGAUCAAUAGGUUCAGGAGGGCGAGUCUGAAUGCUGCCGCUCCUGGAGCAGGCGGGAACAAUGCGGGGAGGGGCAACCUUGUGUUCUGCACGAAUACAGGAAGGAUUGGCAUUGUCGCAUCGUUGGAUGAGGACCUGUCGAUGCAGCUUUCCAACCUGCAGCGGAAUAUUGGGUCGGUGAUCCAGGGCCCUGGCAAAGUCGAACACAGCAGACGACGCGCACCCCAAUCAACUCCAGGUCUUCCUACAAUACUCACCCAGAACACUCAUGCGGUUGGUUUUAUCGAUGGGGACUUCGUGGAGAAGUUCCUGUACCUUGACCCUUCCUCAGAUGAGGUCAUGCGCAUUUUGGAGGGGAAGAAUAAAUAUGAACAGCUGGGAAAUCGAUACCAUGACAUUGUACAAAUGCUAGAGGAACUUCAGAGGCUACACUGAGUUCUUUCUGAUAUGUAGAAUAUACAUUUGUAUGUAUAUAUUAAACGGCUUAUGUACCUUCAAUCUCCCG